AUGUCGUCCGAUUUGCCGAGCUUCACCAAAGAGCCGCCAAAAACGCGCACCAAACUCCCAAUCUAUAUUAUUACGGCGAUUGUGAUUGCGCUAGCCGUCAUUGUGCUCCUCAUCAAUCUAUUGGCACGGAGUGAUGAGAGUUCGAAUGCGGUCACCCAGAAGCCAAUCACAUUGAAGACGCAGACUCCCAUGAUGACGACGACAGUGACGAUUGCGACGACACAAGCGGCCAGCAGUUCAGAAUCGUCAGAAUCAUCGGAAUCCUCAACGUCGUCCGAUUCAUCAACAGAUCAAGGAGUCGACAAUGAGAAGUCUACUCUGACCCCAAUCCCGUCAUCAACUACGGUUAAUGAGACCCCAAUUGUAACAUCUCCUGCUUCCACAGAAUCUACUACAACCGUCGGCUCCACAGAAUCGUCUCCGACGUCUUCAGCGUCGCCAAUUCCAACAAGCCCCGUGACACCGGCCUGCGAUUCCACAUGCAGGAUUACUGUAGUUGAAACGAUUCCGCACGGAAUGGUGUUCCCAUCGAUCAUCGAAACUCGCGAUUCCUACGAAGCCUGGUCGGAAAUGUUCGAGAGCGCUCAAGAAUCAAUCAGCAUUUUCGCGUACAAAAUGAAUUUGCGUGGAAGUGAGAUUCGAUUUGACCACGAUAACUCAACUAUUGAAGGACGAUUAUUGUACAACUCGUUGGUGAACAAGGCGAACACCGGGGUCAGCGUGAAGCUGAUUGACUGCAAUCCGCCAACUUAUCCCAAUAAUAUAAUCGAUGCCGAUGAGAUGUCCAGAUUGGGCUUAAUCCAUCGUCAUAGUCUUGAAAUGAAUAAGAUCAACGGCGGGAAUGGCGGCAUCCACCACAGCAAAUCAUUCAUAGUCGAUGGCAAACACUUGUUCGUUGGAUCCCAUAACUUUGAAUGGAAGUCAUUCUCACAGAAACUUGAGCUCGGACUCCAAUUCCAGAACUGCUCGUGCAUCGCGACGGAGGCUGACUCGUUCUUCAACAAGGUCUUCUCAAUGCUACAUGGAAACAAACUCGAGCCGACCGAAUUCAAGAAGCAUGUCAUCGGAACGACGAGCGUUCAGUUUCUCGCCUCGCCGACGCUAUUCCUCGCUUCGCCGGAUAGUUGGGAUCUCACGCAGAUUCUGAAUUUGAUCUACGAGGCUGAUGAGUUUGUCGACAUCUCCGUCAUGCAGUACUUCCCGUCGUGGAUUUAUUUCAAGAAGAAGGAGUUUUUCUCUCAAAUCGACAACGCGAUUCGCAUGAGUGUCUCGCGCGGUGUCAUCGUGCGGAUUCUUGUCUCCGGCGACACACUCGAAGAGCAAAAACUAUUGUUCGAGAGUCUGCACAGUUUGCAAGUGUUGAAUAAUCCUGGAGAAAAUCACAAUAUUUUUGUGAAGUUCAUGAUGGUGCCUCAAACGGGACGGGAUUGGUAUAAGGACCGAAAAUUGCACACCAAGUUCAUUUUGUCCGAAUCAAAGGCAAUUGUCGGAUCUUCAAACUAUGCUCCCGAAUAUUUCUACAAGUCUUCUGGAACCGCAGUCUUGAUUGAGGAAGAGCCAAACAAUGGAGUUGUCAAUGAGCAGCUUCGCCGAGUUUUUGAGAGGUACUGGAGCAGUCAUUACGCGAUGAGUUUGGAAGAUUUUGGUGUGAAACGCGGCUAUUUGGAGUCGAACGCUGGAGAAGCGACGAACGGAUUUUUCUCGUAUUUCGGAUUGGAUCAGAUCGGAUUGUUCGGCGAGAAAAAGACGAAGCGCAUUUACGAGACGAGAGGCCAACAACCACCGCCGCCGAUAAUUUUGAUUUAA